AUGGCCAGUGGGAACCCAGCAGGACUCAGCUCCUCAGUCACCCCUGGGGCUGGGGACGACCUGAGGACGGAUGAGGAUGGGCUUCCCCUCACGGGGUCAGGCAUAGACCUGAACAAGGUGCCAGCUGUUCCACAGGAAAGAACGGUGGCAUUUCUAAACCAAUUUGUGGUGCACACUGUACAGUUCCUCAACCCCUUUUCUACAGUUUGUGAGGAGAAACUGGCAGAACUUUCUCUUCGUAUGCAGCAAAUUGAAACAACUCUCACUAUUUUAGAUGCAAAGUUGUCAUCUAUCCCAGGGCUAGACGAUGUCAUAUUUGAAGUAUCUCCUAUACGUGUCACUAGGAUCACAAAUGAAACACAUUCUGAAACCACUUCAGAGCAAUCACAGAACAGUUUACAAGACUCUGGACCACGGGAAAGUGAAGUAACACCAGAAAAUAUCUUAACUGUAGCCAAGGACGUAAGAUAUGCCAGAUAUCUCAGAAUGGCUCAAGUGGGUGUUCCCGUGAUGGCAAUAAGAAACAAAAUGAUAUCGGAAGGACUAGACCCAGAUCUUCCUCAGAGGCCAGAUGCCCCAGUGCCUGAUGUAGAAGGUGAAAAACAUGCAGAAGAAAGUUCAGACAGCGAUUCUUUUAGUGACUAA